CCUGCAGCCAUGGCCGUAGCUGUGAGGAGAUCGAGGUCGUGUACUCGGAUGUUUUUUUUACAUCGUCAGUGCUGAUGCUCAUGUAAAAAUUCUGGUAAAGUAUAAAAUACUCCUUAAUGUUCUCUGUUGGUUUGUAUCGUUGUUGAAUAGUAAAUACCAAGCAGUCAUAUAAAUACUGCCAGCUAGAGAUUGAAACCUAAGUUUGACCUCGAUAGAACGUCAGCAGUGAUUACGACGCUGCUUGCAGCCAUUUUACACUGGAUAACCAAAACAAUGUCUCGAAGAGUCACCACCAGAACCACAAAAUAAAACGACCCAUCUGUAUUUAAAAUAACGUCUUUAAGCAUGGUGAAGAGGAAGAGUUUAGAGGAUCCCGAUCAGGAAUGCGGGAGAGGUAUACCUUUCCCAAUCCAGACGUUUCUGUGGAGACAAACCAGUGCAUUUUUGAGACCAAAACUUGGGAAGCAGUAUGAAGCGUCCUGUGUGUCGUUCGAGAGAGUGCUGGUGGAGAACAAGCUGCAUGGCCUGUCUCCCGCUCUCUCGGAGGCAAUCCAGAGCAUCUCGCGUUGGGAGCUGGUGCAGGCGGCCCUUCCCCAUGUGCUGCACUGCACUGCCAUCCUGCUCUCCAACCGGAACAAGCUGGGUCACCAGGACAAGCUGGGUGUUGCAGAGACAAAGCUUCUGCACACCCUGCACUGGAUGCUGCUGGAUGCUGCCCAGGAGUGUAACCACGAGGCUGGGGUGAGAGGGGGUCGGGGGUCCAGCUGGUCAGGGAGCAGCAGUGCCUUCAUUCACCAGAUGGAGAACCAGGGCUCCCCCGGCCAGCCCCCGCAUGGCAGCACCCCCGAGGAUGACGAGCACAGCAAGCAGAAGCUUUUCCACAAGUCCAUGGCCACCGUGGAGCUCUUUGUGUUCCUCUUUGCUCCUCUCAUCCACAGGAUCAAGGAGUCAGAUCUGACAUUCCGAUUGUCCAGUGGCCUUGUCAUCUGGCAGCCAAUGUGGGAGCAGAAACAGCCCGAUGUCCCUGCCUUCACUGCUCUCAUCAAGCCAGUCAGAAACAUUGUUACAGCAAAGAGAAACUCCCCAACCAACAACCAGAGGAGUGCGUGUGAAUCCCCCAACCCAGGCUCCACGGGUUUCCAGGUGGUUUGUGAGACUGCCCAAUCAGAUUCACUGUCAUCAGGGGCAAGUGUGCAGAGCUGUCGCCGUGGCAACUCUCUUGAAGGAGGCGGGCCUUCCCAGGCCUCCAAGGACAAGGGACUCUCCCAGAACAAAGCUUCGACCGCAGCCCCCCCUGCGCAGAGGUCUCGCUACGGCACCUAUUUCGACGUGGCGGUGCUGCGCUGUCUCCUGCAGCCCCACUGGUCCGAAGAGGGGACCCACUGGGCGCUGCUGUACUGCCUGCAGAGGCUGCGUCAGAUCCUGGAGGAGAAGCCUGAGAGACCCCCGGAGCCCCUCCUCACACAGCUGCCCAGACCACGCAGCAGCUCCAUGGUGGCAGCCGCACCCUCCCUGGUGAACACACACAAGACACAGGACAUGACUUCAAAAUGCAAUGAGGAGGAGAAGUCCCUCAGCACAGAAACCUUCUCCAAGGUGUCCUUGACGAACCUGAGAAGGCAGGCUGUCCCGGACCUGUCCUCUGACCUGGGCAUGAACAUCUUCAAAAAGUUUAAGAGCCGCAAGGAGGAACGUGAGCGAAAGGGCUCAAUCCCGUUCCACCACACCGGGAAGAGGCGUCAGCGGCGCAUGGGGGUCCCCUUCCUGCUGCACGAGGAUCACCUGGACGUGUCUCCCACGCGCAGCACCUUUUCCUUCGGGAGCUUCUCCGGGAUUGGUGACGAGCGGCGCGGGCUCGAGAAGGGGGGUUGGCAGACUGCCAUCCUGGGGAAGUUCACACGCAGAGGCAGCUCCGAUACCACCGCAGAUGUGGACAGCCUCAGCGCCAGACAGUCCCACUCGCACCACACACUGAUGAGCGAUGCCCACGACCAACCCAACAGCCACGGUGAAAACACCGUCAAGGAAGUCAGGUCCCAGAUAUCCACCAUCACUGUGGCAACCUUCAACACCACGGUGGCCUCGUUCAACGUGGGCUACGCAGACAUCUUUACAGAGCACAUGAAGAAGCUGUGCAACCCGGUGCCCAUCCCAGAGAUGCCCAUCGAGCCUCUGGCCUGCUCCAACCUGCCACGCAGCCUCACUGACUCCUGCAUCAACUACAGCUGCCUGGAGGAUGCAGAGAGCAUCGAGGGGACCAACAACUUCAUCCUUAAGAACGGCAUGCUGGACCUCACGGUGAUCCUGAGAGCUGUGUACGUGGUCCUGACCCACGACAUCAGCUCACGAAUCUGCGACGUGACUCUGAACAUCAUCGAGUGCCUCCUGCAGCUGGGAGUGGUACCCAGCAUGGGGAAGAAGGUGUCCAAGGUGGAAGAGAAGGAGAAUGAGGAGACCAGGCUCAAGGAUGGGACCAAUCAGAGGACAGGGGGAGCCAACGUGGGUGUGGCUGGAGGAAUGGGGGCGGCGCCGGGAGGAGGAGGAGGGGGCGGGAACGGAGGAGGAGGAGGAGGAGGAGGAGGAGAUGAUGGCAAGAACAACAGGCAGCAAGGAAACAAGGAAGAUAGUGUGCCCCAGAGCAGCCACAGGUUGGCCCUCACAAUGCUGAUUAAAAUCGUCAAGUCUCUCGGCUGUGCCUAUGGAUGUGGAGAGGGACACAGAGGCCUCUCUGGAGAUCGCUUACGGAUGCAGGCUCAGAACUGCCUGACCCUCCUGUACAAGCUGGACAAGCUCCAGUUCCGUCAGACAAUGAGAGACUAUGUGAACAAGGACUCGCUCAACAACGUGGUGGACUUCUUACACGCCUUUCUGGGCUUCUGCAUGGAACCUAUCACCGACAAAUACGGAAGUGCAGGUGAGAGGUCCAGGAGAGAGAAAAAAAGAAACCUCGACAAGGCGGGUUUCGGGAACAAUUUCACUACAGGGGACAGCAAAUCGGUUGCUCAGAACAUGGAGACGGUGGUCGUGGGCUGCAUGUUCAAGUCUCUGAUCACACGUUGUGCAUCCACCACACAUGAGCUUCACAGCCCGGAGAACCUGGGUCUGUACUGUGAUAUCCGGCAGCUGGUGCAGUUCAUCAAGGAGUCCCACGGGAAUGUCUUCCGCAGAGUGGCUCUCAGUGCCCUCCUGGACAGUGCAGAGAAAGUCACUUCUGGGAAAAAGACAGAGGAGAAGGACGAGACGAAACUUCCAGGGAACCGAAGGUCUGAUGCGGGGAACACAAACGACAAGGGACAGCCCUCGUCUGCCGCGGAUGAGUGUCGUAGUUACAUCUCCAGUCGUCUCCCACAGACCCCAGAGCAUGAUGAGCAGAUCCCGGGGGCUCUCCUCGGGCGAAAGGACUUCUGGCGCAAAAUGUUCAAGUCCCAGAGUGCAGCGAGUGACACAAGCAGCCAGUCAGAGCAGGACACUUCAGAGUGCACAACCGCCCACUCGGGAACCACCACCGAACGACGGUCCCGCUCCCGCUCCCGAUCCCGACGCAUCUCCCUCCGCAAGAAACUCAAACUGCCCAUAGGAAACUGGCUGAAACGCUCCUCCCUCUCGGGUCUGACAGAUGGGGUAGAGGACCUGCUGGACAUCAGCUCUGUGGACAGGCUCUCCUUCAUACGCCAGAGUUCCAAGGUGAAGUUCACCAGCGCAGUGAAGCUGUCUGAAGGAGGCGCUAUGGAGUACGGCCGGGACGAAGAGGAGAAUUUCUUCAAGCGGCUUGGUAAAUGGCGCUCCGGCCGAAGGAACCCAUCCAAGCUUCACCACACAGAAGAAAAAGAUGACAUCAUAUUGCGCCGUCCUGCCUGCCCGUCUCUCUCAGGGUGCCGUGGCUUCGAGGAGCGCCUAGCCGGCAGCCAGGAGGGGAUGAAGAACAAGAACAUGGUGAAUCUGGGAGCCAUCCGGCAGGGCAUGAAGCGCUUCCAGUUCCUGCUGAACUGCUGCGAGCCUGGAACCAUCCCUGACGCAUCCAUCCUGGCGGCCGCCCUCGACCUGGAGGCCCCAGUGGUGGCGAGAGCAUCUCUCUUCCUGGAGUGCGCCCGUUUUGUGCACCGCUGUAACCGUGGAAACUGGCCGGAGUGGAUGAAGGGGCACCACGUGAACAUCAUCAAGCGUGGCCUCUCCCGGGGCCGCUCCCCAGUUGUCGGCAGCAAGAGGAACCAGAAGCUCCAGUGGAACGCUGCCAAGCACUUCUGCCAGUGGGGAGAUGCUAUCGGUGCCCGACUGAGCGAGCUGUGCCACUUGGAGAGCGAGAGUCCCGCUAAUAUCCUGGGCUUCAUUUAUGACGAGGAGACGAAGCGACGGAUGAGGAAGGAGGAUGAGGAGGAGGAUUUCCUUGAUGACAAUACUGUGAACCCAACAAAAUGUGCCUGCCCCUUUGCCCUGAAGAUGGCCGCAUGCCAACUCUUGCUGGAAAUCACCACCUUCCUGCGAGAGACCUUUCCUUGCCUGCCACGCCCCCGCACAGAGCCCCUGGUGGACCUGGAGAGCUGCAGGCUGCGUCUCGACCCCGAGCUGGACCGUCAUCGCUACGAGAGGAAGAUCAGCUUUGCCGGGAUCAUCGACGACGAAGAGGGGCACGACUCCCUGCACAGCAGCAGCCACACCCUGAAAUCAGACUCCGCCUGUGAGGAGAAGAGAGCUCCUAUCAGAAAGAUCAGGAUUGGUGGGUCUCGGCUGCUGCAGAUCAAGGGAGCUCGAAGUUUUCGGGUGAAGAAAGGAGGCUCCCUGUCCAGCAUCCGCCGGGCCGGCAGCUUGAAGAGCACCAAAAUGUCAAGGCAGGACUCGGAGUCCGAGAACGAGGAGGUCUUGCUGUCCCAGAGCAGAGACACUGUCACUGAUAUAGGGAGUCCCUGGAGCACCAGCGAGCCCAGUAUUGAACCCGAGGGCCUGAGCAGCACAGGGAAUGAGGAGAACUACCACAGAAACAUGUCCUGGCUGCACAUCAUGAUCCUGCUCUGUAACCAGCAGAGCUUCAUUUGCACGCACGUGGAUUUCUGCCACCCGUGCUGCUACCAGCACCACAGCCGCUCGUGCGCCCGCCUGGUCAGAGCUGUCAAGCUGCUGUAUGGGGACACAGUGGACGGGCUCAAGGAGGACAGCCUUACCAGCAACAUCGGCUUCCGGGCCAAGAAGACCAAGGAGUGCUCAGACAAGUCCUGUCUCAGGACGCCUUCCCUAAAGAGAAGAACGACUGACGCCACUCCGGAAGGGAAGAAGGACACUGGAAUGCUGAAGUACAUCCGCAACCAGGUGAUGAGCCUCUCCCCGGCCCCCCUGUCUCUGUUGAUCAAGGCGGCUCCGAUCCUGACUGAUGAAAUGUUCGGGGACGUCCAGCCUGCAGCGUGGGAGCUCCUGCUGAGUGUGGACGAGCACAUGGCAGCUGCUGCAGCUGCCCUGUUCCUGCUGUGUGCAGUGAAGGUGUCGGACGCUGUCUCUGAUAUGAUGAUGUCUGAAUUCCACCACCAGGAGGCAGUGCAGAGAAUCAACUCGGUGCUCAGGUUCUACACGCUGUGGCGCUUCAGGUUUCGGGUGUGGCCGCGCAUGGAGGAAGGGGCCCAGCAGAUCUUUAAGAUCCCGCCCCCCAGUAUAAACUUCACGCUGCCCUCCCCGAUACUGGGAAUGCCUUGUGUGCCCAUGUUUGACCCCCCCUGGGUGCCCCAGAGCACUGGUAGUGUCCAGGACCCCAUCAAUGAGGACCAGUCCAAAUCAUUCUCCGCGCGGGCGGUGUCUCGCUCUCACCAGCGCGCAGAGCACAUCCUGAAGAACCUGCAGCAGGAGGAGGAGAAGAGGCGGCUGGGCCGUGAGGCCAGCAUCAUCACCUCCACCCCCAUCACCCAGGAGGCCUGCUACGAGCCCACCUGCAGCCCCCCGUCCGAGCAGGAGGAGGAAGCAGAAGAAGUCACAAACCUGGUGUCUCGGCGGCUCUCAAUCAGCCCCUCCUGCACCUCCAGCACCUCCCACAGGAACUAUUCCUUCCGCAGGGGCUCAGUGUGGUCAAUGCGCUCCGCGGUCAGUGCUGAAGAUGAAGAGAACGUGACGGAGCACACGCCCACACACCACGUCCCACAGCCGCCACAGGUGGUGUUCCCAGCAUGCAUCUGUGCGGCCGUGCUGCCCAUUGUUCACCUCAUGGAGGACGGGGAGGUUCGAGAGGAUGGAGUAGCAGUGAGCGCGGUGGCUCAGCAGGUGCUGUGGAACUGUUUGAUUGAAGACCCCGCCCUCGUCCUGAGGCACUUCCUGGAGAAGCUCACUGUCAGUAAUCGCCAGGACGAGCUGAUUUACAUGCUGAGGAAGCUCCUGCUGAACAUUGGAGACCUGCCGGCUCAGACAUCACACAUCCUCUUUAACUACCUGGUGGGGCUGAUCAUGUACUUUGUGCGCACUCCGUGUGAGUGGGGGAUGGAUGCCAUCUCAGCCACCCUGACCUUCCUCUGGGAGGUGGUGGGCUACGUGGAGGGGCUGUUCUUCAAGGACCUCAAGCAGACCAUGAAGAAGGAGCAGUGUGAGGUGAAGCUGCUCGUCACAGCCUCCAUGCCAGGCACCAAGACUCUGGUGGUACACGGGCAGAACGAGUGUGACAUCCCCACCCAGCUCCCCGUGCAUGAGGACACGCAGUUCGAGGCUCUGCUCAAGGAGUGCCUGGAGUUCUUCAACAUUCCCGAGGCUCAGUCCGCUCGUUACUUUCUGAUGGACAAGCGCUGGAACCUCAUCCAUUACUCCAAAACCUAUGUGCGAGAUAUAUACCCAUUCCGGCGGUCAGUCUCGCCCCAGCUCAACCUGGUCCACAUGUUACCUGACAAGGGACAGGAGCUCAUUCAGAAGCAGGUGUUUUCCCGGAAGCUGGAGGAGGUGGGCCGCGUCCUCUUCCUUAUCUCGCUCACCCAGAACAUGCCUGCUGUUCACAAGCAAUCCCACGUGUCCCUGCUCCAGGAGGACCUGCUCAGACUCCCAUCAUUCCCCAGGAACGCCGUGGACGCCGAGUUCUCUCUCUUCAGUGAUCCCCAAGGGAAGGAGCUCUUUGGCCUGGACACCCUGCACAAAGUCCUGUGGAUCAAGCUGCUGGAGGAGAUGUUCCUGGGCAUGCCCAGUGAGUACCCCUGGGGAGACGAGAUCAUGCUCUUCCUGAAUGUGUUCAACGGAGUCCUGAUCCUGCACCCGGAGGACAGCGCCCUCCUGAGGCAGUACACUGCCACGGUCAUCAACACCGCCGUCCACUUCAACCAUCUCUUCUCACUCAGCGGCUACCAGUGGAUCCUGCCCACCAUGCUGCAGGCCUAUGCAGACUAUGAAAGCAAUCCAUUACUGCGGCAGGCUAUAGAGUUUUCCUGCAGGCAGUUCUAUAUCCUCCACCGGAAGCCUUUCGUUCUGCAGCUGUUUGCCAGCGUGGCACCACUGCUGGAGUUCACGACCUGCACAAGCAGCAGGCAGUCCAAAGGAGUGUCAGCUCAGUGCCUGUUUGACCUGCUGGUGUCUCUAGAAGGGGACGCCCCGGACACCCUGGACUCCCUGGAGCUAGUGAAGGCAGAGAAGCCCCUCCGCUCUUUAGACUUCUGCUACGGGAACGAGGACCUCAACUUUUCUAUCAGUAAAGCCAUCAAGCUGUGCGUGACAGUGGUGGCUUAUGCACCCGAGUCCUUCAGAAGCCUGCAUAUGCUGAUGGUGCUGGAGGCCCUGGUCCCCUGUUUCCUGCAGGAGCUGAAGAAGGAGACCAUAGCUCUGGAGACGGCCUCCGCAGCCAGGGACGAGAUCGCAGCUAUCGCCACCCUUGCCACCUCCCUCCAGGCUCUGCUGUACAGCGUAGAGGCUCUCACCAGGCCCAUGACUGCACCACAGAUGAGUCGCAGUGAACAAGGACACAAAGGAGCGGCCACUGCCAAUCACACCGUGCCAGGGGGCGCUGACACCAGGGAUAACCUGCACCUGCUGGAGGAGGGCCAGGGGCUCCCCAGGGAGGAGCUGGAUGAGCGCAUCGCCCGAGAGGAGUUCAGACAGCCCCGGGAGUCUCUGCUCAACAUCUGCACCGAGUUCUACAAGCACUGCGGCCCCCGGCUCAAGAUCCUGCAGAACAUGACUGGGGAGCCACGCGUCACCACACUGGAGCUGCUCGACAUCAAGUCACACAUGAGGCUGGCUGAGAUCGCACACUCCCUGCUGAAGCUGGCUCCCUAUGACACCCUGACCAUGGAGAGCCGUGGUCUGAGACGCUACAUCAUGGAGAUGUUGCCCAUCACCGACUGGACCACUGAGGCCGUGCGGCCCGCCCUCAUCCUCAUCCUCAAGAGGCUUGACCGCAUGUUCAACAAGAUCCACAAGAUGCCCACUCUGAGACGGCAGGUGGAGUGGGAAGCUGCCAGCAGCCUGAUUGAAGGAAUUUGCCUGACCCUUCAGCGACAGCCCAUCAUAUCCUUCCUCCCGCACCUCCGGUCGCUGAUCAACGUCUGCGUCAAUCUGGUGAUGGGUGUGGUUGGACCCUCCAGCGUGGCUGAUGGCUUGCCUCUUCUUCACCUGAGUCCCUACCUCUCCCCUCCGCUCCCCUUCAGCACUGCCGUGGUCAGACUCGUGGCUCUGCAAAUACAGGCGCUAAAAGAUGACUUCCCCCUUAGCCACGUGAUCUCCCCAUUCACCAAUCAGGAGAGACGAGAAGGAAUGCUUCUUAACCUGCUGAUUCCGUUUGUGCUGACGGUGGGAUCUGGCAGUAAAGACAGCCCUCACCUAGAGCAGCCAGAGGUGUUCCUGCUGCUGCAGACCGUCAUCAACAUCCUGCUGCCGCCGCGCAUCAUUAGCACCUCGCGCAGCAAGAACUUCAUGAUGGAGAGCUCUCCGGCGCACUGCUCCACACCGGGAGACACGGGCAAGGACCUGCGCCGGGAAGGGCUGGCCGAGUCCACCAGCCAGGCCGCCUACCUGGCUCUGAAGGUGGUCCUGGUCUGUUUUGAGCGGCAGCUGGGGAACCAGUGGUACCAGUUGAGUCUGCAGGUGAAGGAGAUGGCGCUCCGCAAGGUGGGCGGGCUGGCCCUGUGGGACUUCAUCGACUUCAUUGUGAGAACCAGGAUCCCCAUCUUCAUACUGCUCCGCCCCUUCAUCCAGUGCAAGCUCCUGACCCAGCCUGCGGAGAGCCAGGAGGAGAUCACGGCCCGGCACCACAUCGCUGACCAGCUGGAGCGACGGUUCAUCCCCCGUCCGCUCUGCAAGAGCUCCCUCAUCGCCGAGUUCAACAAUGAGCUCAAGAUCCUCAAGGAGGCGGUGCACAGUGGCGCAGGUGAGAAAACGUACCAGGGCAAGACCUCCAUCAGCACCGUGGGCACAUCCACCUCUGCCUACCGCCUGAGCCUGGCCACCAUGUCACGAUCCAACACAGGGACCGGGACCGUCUGGCAGGACACUCUGAGCCGCACCGACGAGGACGAUGAAGAAAAUGACUCUGUGAGCAUGCCCAGUGUGGUGAGUGAGCAUGAAGCCUACCUUGCCAGUGUGAUCGGGCGCCGGCGGUUCUCCAGCCACGUGUCCAGCGCGUCGGCUCCGACGGCUGAGCCUGUGCUCAGCACCAUGCUCCCCAGCCAGAGUGAACCUAAUGUCCUAGAUGAAUCCCAGGGGAUGAACGCAGAGGGUAACCUGUCUAGGGUGGCCAGUGUUCAGAGUGAGCCGGGGCAGCAGAACCUCCUGGUCCAGCCUGCCCUGGGCAGGAAGAGAGGGCUACGGCAGCCGAGGAGGCCUCUGCUUUUGAUGCAAAAGACCCAGAACGAGCCCCACAGUCGCCCCAGAGCUCGCCUCUCCACCACACGCAGGAGCAUCCAGCCCAAAUCCAGGACCCUUGAACAGAAGAGGUUGGUUACCUUCCCUAAAGCACAGCCUGAGGCAGCAGCUUUGUCCCCCCCAGCUGAGAGCAAAGAAUGCCCAUCAGAGAACCAGAACCUCGGAGUCACAUCAUCGUCUGCUGCCUCUCCUUCCAUUGUAACUGCAGACCUGCACAGCCCCACAGCAGCCAAGGUGGAGACAACUGGCUUGGAGACUAAGAACAAAGCGGAGCCACGGAGCUGCCUGUCCCCUCCCCCACCUCCUGUGCUGGGCACCCUGCCCCACCCUGCCUCCCUGCCUCCAGAGAGCCCCAGAGAGACCUCCAGCCUGCUGCCGCACACUGACACCGUCCUGCACAUCAGCGAGGAUAACGACACGGAGAGCUCCCUGCUCUCCCCAGCCUUCACCUACACCUACGUCGAGCUGGGGAAAGACGAGUCCCACGUUUAAACAGCUCCUUUCAUCAUCUGGCUGUACAGCGCGCUUGCAGAGCGCUUUGAGAGAAAGGAACCAUCUCUGAAUGGGGAUGAAUGGAAUGAGUAGGGUUGGAGUGCAUGGAUUCCCAAACCUCCUAAUUUGGACUUUUAAAUAGUGAAGCACAGUAAAGCCAUCAGUGCUAUUACCCCUGUGUGCCUGGCCCCAUUGUUUAAUAGCUUACCACUGUUACUGUGGUAAGAGUUUACAGAUUCUGCAGGUACCAUUAAUACUGCUCAGAGGAACUUGAUACCUUAACACGUAAAACGUCUUCAGUUUACCUUUUGAUAAGUUGAGAUGGCUUCAGGUGUAUUUGUCAUACUGUAUAUUACUGGGAUUUUAAAAUGAAAGUCCAAAUUGGUAAAUUCCAUGUAUAAUGAAUCUAGCUCGGUGCCAGUGAAAGGGGGUCUAUUUAUUUAAUGGGUGUUGUGUGAAUUAACUAAAUAAUGUGCUAAAGGUCUAUCCUCCUGUAUGGUAGUGAUGUUUGAUGGCAGGAGAGUGGAUUGGAUAGAUAGAGAAAUUCAGUGAGAUAAGUUUUGCAGAGGUAUAGACUAACUAUAGCGUACAAAAGUAAUACAGUAAGUCCUCGUUGUGUUAGAAGUCCUGUCUGUGCAUUGUUAAUCGGUAUUGUACACACGCUGGCCACUGUUAGAAUCAGGGCCGCUAUGACGGCUUGGCAUGGAUGUGGCAGAGACUCCACAGGAGUUUAGCCAUGAAUAAAACGUUAACUUUGUCCCACAGAUCUGCAAUUGCUUUGAGGUCUGGGGUUUGUGCUGGAUAAGGAAGAUGACCGAAGGCUGUCCCUGACAAUGCCUGUAUGGUUGAUUCCCAUACUGUCAUCAGUAUUUUGGAGUGGACUUGAUUAGCGACAAUGCCCAGGUCCACAUGGCCAGUGGCUAGUGCUUGUAUCCAUACAUGUUACUACCCUGUAUUCCAACCCAUUAACCCCCCCAGUAAAACUGUUUGUAUUUUAUCUUGAACUAAGAAGCUGCUUGAAAAAAGGCAGAUAUGUUUUGCUUUUUUAUUUGCAAAUACGCUGGUAGUAACAAAUUAGAUCAGAUGCCUUAAAUGUGCACAAUGCCAAAGUGUGAGCCGCUGGACUGUAUUGUGUCCCGUGUCCUGUGUCUGUGAGAUUGCCUGCUUUUGUCCAUGUAGUGCUGGACUACUUAGAAACCCAACGACACACACAAACAAUCAACUGGGCUCUCCCUGAUCAUUACUCCCGAUUACACUGCAUUUAAAACAUGUCUUCUGUUAAAACUGAUUUGUAUGUAACUCUGUCAUAAUACAAUGAAUGUGUCCAACUUAACUCUGAACUAGGGUGUGCAAAACUGUUUUAUUGAUGCUAAAGCUUAGUUUACACCUAAGUUACUUUGUUACAAGUUGCUUGAUCUCACUGCUAUUCUCAGCAUCUGCGUUCAUGCUUUCAUUGGCUGGGUGCUACAGUAGCUACAAGUUGCACUUUCAAGUCAUGUCAGUCUGUACCAGGCUUCAUGAAUUUCUUUGCAUUUAUUUUGGCAUCUGGUGGGUAAUUUCUCCUAAAGAAAAAGCCAAAUAGGGUGAUUUUAGUUUUUUUUGUUCACACUCUCCCUGUGCACACAAGUAUGCAGAGAUGGAAAUUAGACUCACAGUGCACAGCAGUUUCACCCAUUCUAGGUUUUUAGAUGAGCUUGAUCAGCCCCAGUGUAUCAGUAACAAGCUCAGCUGUCUUACUACUGUAAACUCAUUGUAAAACUUAGAAUGGAUCAGACUGAUAUGCAAAGGGAGUCAUUACUCCAUCCCUGGUACAUAACCGUGACAGAGUGCUGGUAGAUUUGUGAAGCAGGAAUACUCCCGGGGCCAGUUUUCAAAACUUGUAAUCUGGAUCACAGUGAUUGGAUUUUGUAAUCCUAUAUUUUGUGAUUGAGAUUACUUUUAUUUGGAUUUUUUUUUUUUUUCAGAAAAGGUCACUGCUGGAUUACAUUUAUCCAGAUUACGAAUAAUUCCUUUCUUUAAAAGGAAUCUCGAUCACAAAAUAUAGGAUUACAAAAUCUGAAUCCCUUUGAUCCAGAUUACAAGUUUUGAAAAACCGGCUCCAAAUGUCUAAUGAGGAUUUACGUGUCAUGUGUCUGCUGCAAAGGUGUUCCACUGUUUUAAACGUAGCCCCCCUUUAUCGUGCCAAUCCUUUUAGUAGAAUGAACGUGCUGUAUAUGUUAAACAUAAUUAUACAUAUACUUAAAUAAAAGUGGAUUAUUGUUUUGUG